CUUGCCUUGCCCUGCCCUGACCUGCUCUCCCCUCCCCUGCCCUCCUCUUCCGCCGCGGGCCGCUCCCUGCUCGCUCCUCGCUGGUUCUCCUGGGAAGGUCGCGCGGCGCCGCUGGGUCCCGGGGCCGCGGUGCUCGGGCGGGCAGGGCACGGCAGGGCGGGCCGGGCCGGGCCGGGCGCUGAGUGAACGGGAGCUCGGCGGUGCCGCCCCGGGGUCCCGUCCGCGCCGGCCCGGCUCCGCCGUCCGAGCGUCCGGGAGCUGUUCAGAAGGAGGUGGAGGUUCGAUAUGAGGGAAAAUUCCCUUGUGGGAAGGGCUGCCCAGCCUUGGCACAGGCUGCCCAGGGCACGGGUGAAGUCACCAUCCCUGGAGGGCUUUUAACAGCCGUGUGGAUGUGGCACCUGGGGACGGGGUCAGUGGUGGCCCUGGCGGUGCUGGGGAUGAGCGCUUGGAGUCGAUGGCCUCUGUCUUUUCCAACCCAAAGGAUUCCAUGGUUCUGCUCCCUCCGCGGGUGGCCGCGCCAGCACCGCUGCAAAGGGCCGCGGUCCGAGCCCGAGGGCCUCGCCUGUGUCUGUGAGCACGUGUAGAAAAUGGGACGUGGGAAGUAACUUAGGAGCUGUUGUGGGUUUUUUGGCUCGUAAUGAAAUGUAGCAAAUCGAUAAGGAGAUUUAAAUUAGCCUGCGUUAUACGUCGAACGGUAUGGCAACCAGCUAAAACCCCAGUAACACAGAUGGUGAGCCGAGAAAGGAAGCAGAGGGAUGAGUGCCAGCGAUCCCAGAGGCUGGAAGGCUCAUGGACGUUCCAGCAGCCCCGGUGAACGCGGAUGUGUUUGAGGACGCCGACUGUAGGGCUGGGCUGGCUGGUGGAGCGUUUGUUAAGUGGGGAGGGAGGAAAGACGCGCUGAUAAUUCCCGAGCUGUAACGGGGCAGGGAGGCGAUUGCCGUUUCUUGCCGCCAGCAGCUGCCGGGGGCUGUGGUGGGUGUCUGUCAAGCUUUUGUACUUUCAUUGUGUGUAGGUGUGGCAAAUCUGUUGGGCGCCUUCAAGAAAAUGCACGUCAUUUUCUUAUAUACAUCAUAGUUCUUAUUUUUCCCUUUGUGUUUGGGACCGGCCGUGAUCCCUGCUCCAUGCGGGCAUGCUCUGUCGUAGCGCAGCCCCUGCCUGUGUGACCCAGUGCGAGCCCUGAAGUCCUCGGGAGCAAUCUGGGAAUAAGGGUUGUUUCUGUUUUAGAACCAGCAGAGGCCGCCCCACAUUCCCUUUUAGAAAGAAAACCAUCCUGGUUUGCAAAAUUCCUGGGGAUUUACGUAUAACCCACACAUGCACUCUUUGGUUGGAAGUUUUACUUUGAAGCCUGCGAAUGGACUUGAGUGUGAAUGCUUGCCACUUUUACUUUGCUGUAGUAACAGUUAUUUUUAACAUCCUCUUUGAAGCCAACAUGUCCCGAGAGACUGAAAGUGAAGUGCAGCAGACUCAAGGUGGCCAGUCGUCACAGAGUUCCUCUUCCAGUGGGUCACAGAGUACUAGUCAGUCUUCCUCAAGUUCUGGGACCCUCAGUUCUUUGGACACCGUUCCGACUCAGGAGCUUCCGUCCAUCCCUGAGGAACCUGAAGAGCUGGAUCCUCAGCCGUGGGGUCGACUCUUUGCACUUGCAAAAGGUUUCAGCAACUGUGACUGUGUGAAUGAGGAAUACUGGUUUGGGAGAGACAAAAGCUGUGAUUACAGUUUUUCUAAGCUAGGACUGUAUGAGACUGGCUUCUACGAAAACUAUAGCAAGAAGCACUUCCGAAUUUUCAGGGAAAUGGGUCCAAAAAAUUCCUAUGUUGCCUACAUUGAAGACCAUAGUGCAAAUGGAACAUUUGUGAAUAAAGAGCUUGUUGGAAAAGGGAAGAGGCUUCCACUGAUUCACAACGCUGAAAUCGCACUGUCUCUACAGACCAAUAAGGUGUUUGUAUUUUCUGAUCUUACGGUGGAUGAUCAGAUGACGUUUCCUAGAGAACUGAGAGAGAAAUAUAUCAUUUCAAAGACUUUGGGAAGUGGUGCCUGCGGAGAAGUCAAACUGGCCUUUGAGAAGAGCACUUGUAACAAAGUCGCAGUGAAGAUCAUCAAUAAGCGCAAGUUUGCGGCGAGCGGCCCGAGAGAGGCAAACCCAGCUUUUAAUAUCGAUACAGAAAUUGAAAUUCUGAAGAAAAUAGAUCACCCUUGCUUAAUCAAGAUCAAAAACUUUUUUGAAGCAGAGGAUUACUACAUUGUUUUGGAACUGAUGGAAGGAGGAGAAUUGUAUGACAGAGUGUCAAGGCCAAUCAAGAUGAAAGAAUCUACCUGCAAGUUGUAUUUUUAUCAGAUGCUGCUGGCAGUAAAGUAUCUUCAUGACAAUGGAAUUAUACACCGAGAUCUAAAGCCAGAAAAUGUCCUACUUUCGUCUUCUGAAGAAACAUGUCUUAUAAAGAUUACAGAUUUUGGACAAUCCAAGAUUCUUGGAGAAGCUUCUCUUAUGAAAACAUUAUGUGGUACCCCCAUGUAUCUUGCUCCUGAGGUUCUAAAUUCACUUGGGACUGCUGGAUACAGCCGAGCUGUGGACUGCUGGAGUUUAGGAGUUAUUCUUUUUGUAUGCUUGUGUGGAUAUCCACCAUUCAGUGAGCAAAAUAGUAAACUCUCUCUGGAAGAUCAAAUCACUCGUGGAGAAUACAGGUUCAUUGCAAGAGAAUGGAAGCAUGUGUCAGACAUGGCUCUGGAUCUUGUGAAGAAGCUGUUAGUAGUGGAUCCAAGCAGACGUCUUACCACAGAGGAAGCCUUAAAGCAUCCUUGGCUUCAGGGGCUGUUACUAAGAGUAUCAGAUGUUCAUAGGUGAUUGUACACUGCCUGCUUGGAAGGCCAACAUCCAGCAUGCUCAGUUCUAGAUAUCACACACGUUGAUUACUACCACCAAAAGAGCUCCUGAGUCCUGUUACUGAGAGUAGUGAGGAGUUACUGGCUCCUCUCUCCCUCUUGUGUUGUCUGGAAGUAUUGACUUUACAAGUCAGCACGAAAAACCACACUCUCCAUGCGACCAGCUAAUGCCUGAUAGCCCUCUGAUGAUUUUGGGUACACUAGGGAAUUUUUCAGAUAUUAAAAGUAGCGUGUUCUCCAAACAAUAUUUAAUUUCUACAGAUUUGUUUAAACCAGUAGUGCUUUCAAAGUAGUGUUUUCAAUACAUGUGCUGUUCACUCCGUUCUUUGCUUGAAUCUACAGCUUUAAAACUUAGUGAGCUGCUUAAACCUAAGUACUACUCAGUGGAAAUGUCCUACCUGUAUUUAAUAAAACAGGUAUUUAAGAAAACGUUUCUCAAAGGCAUGUAAAUAAUUGCUGUUUCUGCCUCUGAAAACUUCACUGAGGUCUUAUGAGUAGGACUUAGUUUGGUUGCAUGCUAAAGAAAACACUCAGGUGUUUGUUAAAUAAAUGGAAAAAUAUUUAUCUUACCUUACCCAUUAACUCAAAGGUACCCACAGUCAAAUCAAGUGAUGCUGGAAAAGAAAAACAAGUCAAAAUGCUGUAUAAAAUAAAAUGGAUGUUCACAACAAAGCCUUUUUGUAGCGCUUAAGAACAUAGUUAAACAAAAAAGGAUAUACUGCAAGACUCCAUUGCUUAGAAAAACGACCCCCUCCCCUGCCUUCCCCCAAGAAACUUAGUUAAAACAGCUGAAAUCCUUAGGAGCUCAAUGAUUGUUAUUUCUAAUUGUCUCUAGCAGUGAGUGUCCCAUUUGCUUCUCUUGGAGUUUCCCAAUCUUUGCUUUUCCCUUAAAUAUUCUAUCUACCACUUAGCUACUG